AUGAAAAAAGAUGAUUUAGGACAUGGUGUAUCGGGGUAUGUGAACGAUAAAGAAUCGCAGGAAAACUCAAAAGUUUUGCCAGUUGGAGAUUAUUCAGGACAGGUUAUUUCAGCAGAUGGUACAGCAUGGCAAGCUUAUUCACCUUCAAGUUAUACAGGACAAAUUCUUUCAGUAACGGAUUAUACAGGACAGGUUAUUUCAGAAACGCGUUUUCCGGGACAAAAUUGUCAAGUACAGGGUGUACCAUGCAAGCUUACACAAGGACAGAGUAUACAAGGACUGGGUAUACAAGGACAAGGUAUACAAGGACAAGGUAUACAAGGACAAGGACAGGUCAUACAAUUACAAGCCGUUCCUUUUGCAAGGUGCACCAUCGUAGCAAAACUCGUAGAAUUAACAAAAACUUUGGUUGUGCCUUGGAUAGGUAAUUAUGUGAAGAACUACUUCUUGGGUAUUUCUGAGGAUGAACCAUCGCAAGAUUACUUACCUUCGAGUAACAUGGAAAAAAAUAAUUUAGAACAUGGUGUAUCGGGGUAUGUGAACGAUAUACAAUCGCAGGGUUACUCAAAAAAUUUGCCAGUAGGAGAUUAUUCAGGACAGGUUAUUUCAUCUAAGGAUAUAGCAUCGCAAGCUCAAUCAGCUUCAAGUAAUACAGGACAAAUGCUUUCAGUAAAGGAUUAUACAGCACAAUAUGAUCCAGGACAAGUUUUAGCAGGACAAGGUUUUGCGGUACAAAAUUGUCAAGAACGAGGUGUACCAUGCUAUCUUACACAAGGACAGACUAUACAAGGACCAGGUAUACAAGGACAGGGCAUACAAUUACAAGGUAUACAAGUACAAGGUAUACAAGGACAGGGUAUACAAGGACAGGGUAUACAAGGACAGGGUAUACAAGGACUGGGUAUACAAGGACAGGGUAUACAAGGACAAGGUAUACAAGGACCAAAUAUACAAGGACAGGGUAUACAAGGACAGGGUAUACAAGGACCGGGUAUACAAGGACCGGGUAUACAAGGACCGAAUAUACAAGGACAGGGUAUACAAGGACAGGGUAUACAAGGACAGGGUAUACAAGGACAGGGUAUACAAGGACAGGGUAUACAAGGACAGGGUAUACAAGGACAGGGUAUACAAGGACAGGGUAUACAAGGACAGGAUAUACAAGGACAGGGUAUACAAGGACAGGGUAUACAAGAACAAGAUUGUUCCCAGCAACGCACUGCAGAAAGCUUAAGUCAACUUUUCAUAACACAUUUAGAAGAAAUUGGUUUGGGUAAGUUGCCUAUUGUUGCUCAGGCCUAUGAUGGAGCCAGUGUAAUGUUAGGCACAAAAGCCUCCAAUCGCAAUCAGUCGUUUACGUUGUCAGGAAAUUCGAAUAACAGAGUGCCAGCUAUGGUCGGAAGUACCGGCAAUUCCAACUUUUGCCAAUCCGAUUAUCUCAUCAUUCCCAUGGCUUCGAAUGUCGGCAGAGCAGCCACCGGACCGUCGGCUACAGUCGAUCGAAUUUGCGGCGGUAUUCUGGCCGCAGAUGUUAGUUUCAUGCCAACAACAGUAAGAAGUAACGUCAGGCCGUUUAAUAUGUAUUUCCACGCUGAUGGCAUGGAAGCUCCAAACGAUGUCGACAAUAGGGGAUUCUGCCUUAAUUACAUUCAAGUUCCUUGCGCCAAUGCCUUUACUUAA